AUGUCAUCAGAGGAGGAUAACGAAUGUUUUGGGUUGUUUAUUGAUGACAAGUCUUUAUUAAAAACAACAUUGGCCUUAAAUUCUAACAAUUCGCCAGCACUGGCUGUAGAUAAUUCGAAUUCGACAGCAAUUUGCCCUGAAUUAACGGCCAAAUUGGAAAUACCUUCUUCGACUACAUCACCAAACUUAUUGAAUUUGGAAGCACAUGAAUUGGGAGAAAUACAAGCAGGACAAUUACAUGUAAAUACAUGUAAUAACAAACAACCACCAUUGUUGACAAACGGUGGUAACGAUCUUCUUCUCUGCAAAGAAGAAAAAGGCGAAAAACUCAACUCAGUAGACACUAAUACUGCUGCUGCCACUACUACUACGACAGCCACGGCCACAGCUACGGCAAAAAACCACCACGACGAAAAUCAAACAGAAAACCAUCAGCAAGAACAAUAUAACAACAACAACGACGACGACGACGUCGACGGGGAGGAAGAGGAGAAUAACGUUGUUAGUGUUAAUGUUAAUAAUAACAGUACAAACGACGAAGGAGACGACGAAGUUAUAUUUCUCUUCGGCCAGCAACAACAACAACAUAAUAAUAAUAACACUCUUAAUACAACUUCCACUACUUGUGCGACGACUACUAACACUACCAACAAUAAAAACACAGCGUCUGCUUCAAAUUUAACAACGACCCUAACGACUACCACCACGACAACUACGACUUCGACGACGACGACGAAGAAUAAUAAUAAUAAUACGACCUCAUCGUCAUCACCAUCAUCCACAUUCACAAAUAAUACUACUACUACACAACAACAAGUCGUAACAGACGUUGAUGAUAACUUAGAAAGUAGUCAUAAAGGUGCCGUCAAUAAGACAACAUCGUCAUUGUCGUCGUGCGGCUUAAAAACAUUUAGAAAUUCCUUAAAUACGUUACAAACAGCUAUAAAUUCAAAUAAACUUAACACAAAUAAUACGAAUUCAAAUCAAUGUACUACUAGUGUUAGUAAUAAUAAUAAUAAAAAAAAGGAAACAAAAUUCAAAGUGGUAAAAUCGUCCUUAAAAAUUAAAUUAUCAAAAUCUCCUUUAAAUUCAAAUUCUAAUUUAACCACAACAACAAAUACAAAUAAUAAUAAUAAUUUAUUUAGUGAAACCCAUAAACAAGUGAAUGAUUUUUGUUCAAAAUUAACAAAUCUAAAUGCAAAUAAUUUAUCAAAUUUAAAUAAUUCAUCCAAUGAUUGCUUGCUAAAUUCUUUAGAGGAAUUACAGCAGCAACAACAGCAACAAAAAAUCCACAAUUGCUCGGUCAAACGCCUGCCGUUUUAA